GCCCAGCCCAGCGCUGCAGGAUGACACAAGGACUUGAGCUGCACCCUAUGUCACACAAUCCAGAGGACAACAUUGCUGGGCACAGGCACUGAAAGCCAAAAAAAAAGGUCUGAAUCACCCAUUAUGGGACCCUCAACCACACCAAUCCUCCUUCCAACCACAGCCAUCCAGGCUCCUGGGACCAACCAGAGUGGGGCUGUGGGACAACCAGAGGCAUCCUACACUGUCCUCAAGUUCAUGGAGAGCUUCUGCCUGCUGAGUGCUGCCUGUGGGAUGGUGGGGAAUGGCCUGGUGCUGUGGUACCUGGGCUUCCGCAUUCGCAGGAACCACUUCACUGUCUACAUCCUGAACCUGGCGGCCGCAGACUUUGGGUACCUGCUGUGCAUCGCUGUGGAGACCGUGCAGUACCUGAUGCAGUUCAACGUGGGGGUGCAGUUCGGAAUAUUCCUCUUCCUGGAUCUCUUCAUGUAUGGCACAGGCCUGUACCUGCUGACUGCCAUCAGCAUUGAGCGCUGCCUGUCUGUGCUGUCCCCCAUCUGGUGCCGGACACACCGCCCGAAGCACCUGUCUGCCACGGUGUCUGGCCUGCUCUGGGCCCUGUCCCUGCUCCUGAACACUCUGGGAUAUGUUUUGUGCACUGUUCGCCCCUCUCCCAGGGUUUGCCAGCGCCUGCUCAUCUCCAUCGGAGCCUUGGAUUUCCUCGUCUGUGCGCCCCUCAUGCUGCUCUUCAGCCUCACCCUCUUCCUGCGGGUCAAGUGCAGCUCCCAGCCCUUCCAAACAGGCCGGCUCUUCACUGUCAUCAUGCUCACCAUCCUCCUCUUUGUCAUUUUUGCCGUGCCCCUCAGUGUCCUCAUCCUCCUGGACUUCCUGGGCCACAAAUUCCUGUAUUCCCCAGAGAUCGGCUUUGUGCUGUCCUGCGUCAACAGCACCCUCAACCCCGUCAUUUACUUCCUGGUGGGAAGCUACAGGGAUAGGAAAUUCAGGCUCACCCUCAGACUGGCAUUCCAGAGGGCCUUCCAAGACUCAGCAGAUGACAGAGAUGAGAGGGAAACUCGGGACACGAUAACCAUGUCCUCCUAAAAUCCUGCCUGGAAUGUCUUAGCAGAACUGAAGACCUCUGAGUUACUGGGGAAGGUUCAUGUCACUUGACCCUCAGCACUCUCUUUGUAGAUAUUUUAGGUCAUUAUUUUAAGUCCCCAUCUGUGGCACAUAAGCACCUGGACCACAGAAAUUACCUGACCUGUAUUUAGGAUACAUUAAAAGUUCCUGUUUGUUUCUAGUGACUAUUA